AUGGAGAGCUCGGAAAGACUGCCGGCCUUGCCAAAGAAAAGGCAAAACCCUAAUCGGUGCGGACCAAAAUCCAGAGGAGGCUGUCAAAGGUGCAAGCAGCGACGACGCAAAUGUGAUGAGACAAAACCAAGUUGUCAGCAAUGCACCAACCGAGGUCACACAUGCCCCGGCUACCAGAAGCAGAACUUGCAGUGGCGACAUGUGUUCAAAGAAAUCGAAGAGCCGAGCCGGCUAGCACCACCGAUUCGGUCUUCCGAAAGAGCUGGGAUCGAGCUCACUGGGGUUAGCCAUUCGACUCAGGAUGAGACCGACAACCAUGAAAAUGAACCCCAGGAUAUGUGGGAUACAGCUUGUCCAAACAUUUUUGACCAGCUACCAGACUUUGAUGAGCCAACAGAUGCCUGGCUCUACACUAAUUCAGGACCUCGAAAUGUGGCUCUGACAAAGCCCGAUGGUGGACUAGAUGGACUCUCGAUUUUGCGCCAACGACUGGCCAGCACAUCUGUCCCCUCUUUCCUCAUCCAACUACCGGUAACAUUGGUGCAGUACUAUUUUCACACAGUCUGUAACCAGUGGUCAUCUUUUGAUUGUCCUCUCAAUCCAUUUCGGGUUAUCAUCAGUCAGCUCUGGAGUCGCAAUGCGGCCAUUUACUUUGCUAUUCAGAGUAUGUCAGCCGCCUCCUUGGCCAAUGAUUUCCCCACCAUGCGGGCCAUGGGGAUACAAACACAGCAGCAAGCAAUUGCAUGUCUCAACGAUAACGGCUCAAAUCCGGCGAAAGAUGACGAGUAUUUCUUCGCAUUGCUCAUGAUUGGAUCUACGACUGGCUGGCAUGAUCCUUCCGAUUUGGGACUGCCGUAUUUGCGGGCAGCUCAAGAACAUCUUCUAAGGCAGAAACGCCAAUGCAAAAGCCCAGAUUCUUCCUUAGAAAAACAGUAUCCACUCUUCAAACAGUGUCUGCUAUGGUGGAACCUGGUCGCUGCAUUUGUGGCAGAAGAAUCGCCCAUAUUGGACGUUGAAGGCUCUGCAGGAAAUGGCGACAUGGACCUCUCGGUUUACCUUGUGGAUGGACAAGCCCUACCCCAUCCAUGGACGGGGUCUCUGAGGUAUUCGUUGAACCUUUUCUAUCGCACCGCAAGGGUGAUUCGUUCUGCGAAAACAGCCCAUCGUCGAAGGCCAGAAAGCAUGGAUCCAACCUUGAUCGACCUGACCUCUAUGGCUGAAGAACUCGGUCUUAGACAGGAGGCCGAGCAUCUUGAGCACAAGAUCCUCUUUACGGGAUUCUCGUUCUAUUGCGGGCCUGUCGACGUCGGUGAUACAAACACACCUCCAUCGCAUUUCCUAACAUUGGCUGAAGCAUAUCGCUGUGCGGCACUUUUGCAAAUCUAUCACGUCUUUCCGGAUAUGCUUGAAGAGCGAUUACACAAUAACCAAAACUCCGACAGCGCAGAUGUUAUCCCGCCCCUCUUUUUGCUAUUAUUCCCGAUAGCCACCGAAUGGUCGUCGCGCUCAGUGGAAGACACACGACGUACUCUGGCAUUACACGUCGUAUCUCUCCUGGAGCAGCUCCCAUCAACAUCUGGAACAAAGGUCAUGCAGCCGGUUAUUUUGGCGUGCAUAUCUAGCGAUCUUGUCUUUUCGUCCGGAUCUGUGCUGGGUGCCACCUCGAAUGCAAUCCCCAGCCUUAGCACAAUGGAUGUUGAGGUUGCCCAGGCUAGACGAAAGGUUAAGAUGAGGUUGUCUGAACUCAUUUUGAUCCUUCCAAAGCUGCCAAUGCAGCGCAUUUCAGAUAUAAUACACGAAACUUGGGGACGUGCUGACUCCGGAAUGGAAGAAUUCUGGCUGGAUGUUAUGCUGGAUUUAAAUUUGGAAACGAUGAUGGGAUGA